UAAUCGGUGCUGUGAGAAUAUGGAUGCAGAUGAUAAUUUAGACUUGCUGGCUUCCUUAUUAGAGGAAGAUCCUGAAGAGAACGCCCUUGGUGAGGCUGAAGCUGGAGACCCUGACGAGUACAAUGAACUCUUUGAUGCUGAUUCUCCAUGCACUGAGGAGCUGGACACUGGAGAGGGAGAAUCUGGUGACUGCAAGGAAGACGUGGCAGGGUUGUUUGGAGAUGUGGAUGACCUCUUGAAAGAGGAGGAGGAGGAGGAGGAAACUGUGCAGGAUGUGUCUCCGUUUCUACCAAAGGAAAAGACCAAUGAAGAUCUGCAAGAUGAGCUGAGGCAAUUGCAAGAGCAGAUGAAGAAAUUACAAGAACAAUUACAAAUAACAGCAAUAGGUCAGCCAGCAAACUCUCCUCCUGGCAAGAAAACAGCUGGUAAAUUGCCCGUUGCCCCUUUAAGGGAGAAGAAGCCUCCCAAACUUCAAGAGUCACCAUGUUUCUCAGCUCAGCUCAACUGUCCCGUUCUGCUGCCCUCCCAGGGCCAGAAGCUGAAACCUUUGCUGUCAGAGAAGCAAACCCAGGCUCCAAGGCCAAUGACAAGUUCUUUGCCUCAGCCUCUGAAGUCUGUGGCCAAGAGGAAGUCCGAUGUGGGUGCUGGUCAGAGAUCUCAAGCACCGCAGAGUUCCAGUGUAAUUAAACCAGAAGUCUCCGUGGAAACUUUUUCCGGACUGAAGUUAAGAAAACCCCGUGUGUCUUCGGCUGAGAUGGAGAGAAAAAUGGCAGGCCGGACAUUAAUUAGACUCUCUCAAUUACAAGACAAGCUUUCGUCAGGGAAUCUUGAGGAAAUGAACUGGGUGACUUUUGGUGUUAUCAUAAAGAAGGUCACUCCUCAGAGCUCCAGUAAUGGUAAAACCUUCAGCAUCUGGUGCUUGAACGACUUGCAUGACUUAAGCAGAUGUGUCUCCUUGUUUCUCUUUGGUGAAGUUCACAAAGAUUACUGGAAAACAGACCAAGGCAUGGUCAUUGGGCUGCUCAAUGCUAAUCCCAUGAAGUCAAAGGAAGGGUCGAAUGAGGUGUGUGUGUCUGUUGAUCAUCCCCAAAAGAUCUUACUUUUGGGUGAGGCCAUGGACUUGGGAACCUGUAAAGCCAGGAAGAAAAAUGGAGAGCCUUGCACACAGAUAGUUAAUCUGAACAGCUGCGAGUAUUGCCAGUAUCAUGUCCAAUCCCAGUACCGAAAGCUCUGUUCAAAGCGGGCAGAUCUGCAGUCAACCUUUUCAAUCACUCGGGCUCCAAAAAGAAAUGCAAAGAAGGCCCUUGGCUUGAAGGAGAGACUUUGUCAAGAUGGAUUUUAUUACGGAGGGGUUUCCUCAGCAGCCUAUGCAGCCUCAGCCGCAGCAGCUGCUGCUCCGAAGAAGAAGAUCCAAACCACUCUAUCCAAUUUGGUUGUGAAAGGAGUUGACACAGUUCUGCAGGAGACAAAGCAAAAACUGGGCUUGCAAAAUCGGCCUUUACCGUGUUCAGAGGAAUUCAAGGAGCUGUUGGCCACACCCUCCUUCGGGGCACAAAACCUCAAUCGGCACUUAGCCAAAGCUAGCGCACCAGCAGCAUUGACCAGGAAGCCGAGCUCAGUUUUCCAGCCCAUCUCUGCCUCCGUGCUGCUGAAACAACAGAAACAGCAAAUGCUGGAAGCUAGGAAAAGGAGGUCUGAAGAGCUGCAAAGGAGGUUUCUGCAAACAACAAGUAAUGCAAGUGCCCCAGUACUGCCCUCUUCCUCAGGGCCGCCUGCGCUGCUGUCUCCAACUCCAGGGGCUGAAUUCCCAAAAGCCGCAAAACUCUCCAGCCCCCAGACACCUAGACUUGGCAUGGGCUUCUCUGAAGGAGAUGAUAUUCUCUUCUUCGACAACUUGGCUCCUCCAGCACUCAAACCAAAUGGCUUGGCAGAAGCUAAAAAGGUAGCAGCUAUAAAUAAACUGCGUGCAAAGGGCCGGAUCCUCUCCAAAAUUGACCCAAACAGCAUAAAACGGAAACGGUCUGAUCUUGACAGUCUAGAGCUUGCUGAGAGAGUGCAGAAAAAUGUUCCUGCGUUAGAAGAUAAAGAUGGGAUAGAACCUGUUCAAAAGAAACGUCGUGAGCAGCUUGCAUAUUUGGAGUGUGAAGAAUUUCAGGAGAUCUUGCAUGCUAGAUCCAAACACACAGGUGUCCUUAAGGAGUUUGAGGCAGAGGUACAGGAACGCUAUUUCGAGCCCCUGGUGAAAAAGGAGCAAAUGGAAGAGAAGAUGAGGAGCAUCAGAGAAGUGAAAUGCCGCGUUGUGACCUGCAAGACAUGCAAGUAUACCUAUUUCAAGCUCCUAGAUUCCUGUGUGGAGCAAAAUCAUGACUAUAAUUGGCAUGAUGGCGUAAAGCGAUUUUUUAAGUGUCCGUGUGGGAACCGAGCCAUCUCUCUCGACAAGCUACCCAAAAAACACUGCAGUCAUUGUGGCCUCUUUAAGUGGGAACGUGAUGGAAUGCUCAAGGAGAAGAAAGGUCCCCAGAUCGGUGCAGAAACCCUUCUACCGAGAGGAGAAGAACAUCACAAAUUUCUCAACGGCAUGAAGUAACUGUGAAAACCCCCUGAAGUUCUGAAGACAAAUUGGUUUAUGAUGAAGCCCCCGUGGUUCUAAGUAUCGGAAUGAAGGAUAGGUCUCUUCCUAAAGACUCUGUCAGGCAGUCUGCCCCCUUAACUUACUGGGGAAACUUCCAGCUGGGGCAUCAGGGGGGAGCCCACAAGCACCACAUGAUCCCCUUCAGAUCGAUGGCUCAGCCUUUGUCCGUCUCCCC